UCUGCCACUCGACUGAUGGACCGCUCUCACUCUCUGCCUCCUUUUAAUAACAGCACUUUCACAGCAAUGAAAGAAAUAACGCCACUGAAUCAGGUGAUGACUUUCAAAGCCUUCAACAUGCAAAGAGUCAUCCAGGUGGUGCAGAGGGUGGCGCAGAAGAGCUGCAGAAGAGCCUGUCAGCUGUUCUGUUGCCCAUUAGACAUUCUGUGGUGUCAAAAGGUCACAUGUUGCUCAGCUCAGAACCAUCAGCUCACAGAGGAUAAAACUACACAGGUGGCUCUCCGGAGUCCGCCGUCGACCAUUUUAAUUGUGAACAUCAGCAACUCUACACUGAUCGACUGCGUCAUCGGGAACGACACCUAUCCAUCUGCAGUGGCAGAAAGCCAGCCGCUAAUGCAAGACUCUCGGCUCCACAUGCACGAUCAGAUGAGGUCCAGCUACAGCCAUGGGCAGCAGGGGGCAGCACGGACCUCUCCUCCUCCUCCUCCUCCUCCUCCUCCUCUCUAUCCUCUUCCACCAGAGGAGCCUCCGAGCAUCAGCAUCCACGGCUCGCAUCUCAACUGUGUCAUCAUCGGAGACAACAACUACAUGCACGCUGAGCAGAUCCACCCGACUGAAACUGAAGAGCCACGGCUGUGAGGCUCCGCUGAUACACACACACACACACACACACACACACGCAUGCAUGCAUGCACACACAAACACACAUACACACACAUAUUACACAUUCACAGAAACACCAUCGUCUUUGGGAUGAUGAGAAUGUAAAUUCAGUAUUAGGAGAAUAAUUUUGAGUUGUCAGUCUGUCUCCGACAGUCUUUUAUUUUCUACCAUUUCUAUCAUUUUAUCUGUCUAUAAAAUGUCAGAAAAUAUUAAAACAAAGGUCCAUCACAGUUUCUCAGAACUCAGCGUGACAAAUUCACAAUACUUGUUUUGUCUGAUCAGCUGUUGGAAGCUCACAGAUGUACAGUUUAAUGUCAAAAAAGCAGCUAAUAUUGACAUUUAGGAAGCUGGAACCAGAGAAUCUUUGGCUUCUUUGGCUUCUUAUUUUUUACACUUGGAGUGACGUCACUUUUAUGGUCCAGUAGGAUUUCUUUUUUUUGCUUUGGUUUUGAAAGUGGUUUCAGGCCAUAGUUCAUUAGUUGUUAAAGUGUUAUAAGUUGUGAGUUCCAGUAUGCAAAAACAAACGUCAGCUCCCCACACCUUAUUAAAAAAUAAUAUCUGCUUCCUGUUUUGCAAUGCCAGGUCUUCUGCUCCUCCGUCAGACAUAAAGUUGGGAGCAGUGGGAAAUUUCUCACAUAGAUGUGACUUUCUAAUGAGUCAUCUCUUAUGACUAGUUGAUCUUUCUGUAAUGUAUGUCCGCUGGUCUGAUAUCCUGACUGAUGUACUUUGUUUGGUAGGUAGCUUGCUGUAGGAUUCAUGAAUUGUAUAUUGUGUAAUUUCAUAGACAAACAGUAUUGAAAUAUUGUGACUAAAAUCCUUAUCAAGUUAAGAUAAAGGUGUUGACUUAUGUUAAAAUGUAUGGCCUAUGGUCACUAACAGUAGACUACUGAGUAGUGUUCAUUGCUGGAAGUCAUUUUGUACAUUCUUAUGUUUGAUAUUAUUUAAUCUUAUAAAAUAACUGUUAGAUCUUUGUGUUCAGGUUAUACUGUACACAGAGGUCAAACAGUCAAUAUGCUGCCAAUGUGUGUGUCUGCUAAUAUGCUCACAUGAUGAUAUGAUAUUCUCCAUGUAACCUUUACGCAGCAUACUUCUUCUCCUUUUGUUCUGCAAUGUUGUAUGAACGGAGUUUUUGAUUUUGUUGUUGUAUUUUGUUGCAUGUUUGAAAUGACCAAACAUGAUUAACAUAUAUUUUAAAUAAAGAACAAAGAAGAUAUAGAGGCAUUG